AAGUGUAGCGAAGAUUAUUGUAGUAUAUGUUUACCAAUCCGAAGUCCUCAACAUAUAUUCAAUAUAUUAUAUCACUUACCCGAUCCAAUGCCAGCAAAUAAUGAACAUUAUAAAAAUUUUGAGGAUGUUUAUGGUACAGAUACUCAUGAAUCAUAUUGUCUAUCUAUACAGGCUCGUAAAGCAAAAUCGGACAAAAAUAAGAAAGUAAAAGCUCAAAAAAGGCGAGAUAAGCAAAUGCCAUGGACAAGAAAUGCACAGAGAGCAAAAAUGUGGAAAAUUUUAAUGUCAUACUUUGAUACAAUAAGUUAUACUUGUGGUACUACAUUUGCUUUUCACAAUAAAAUGGAAUCUGAAGAUGAUCCUAUGGAAGAAUCAUCCCGAAAACGAAAUAUGGAAACAUUAGAGGGUGAUAAUAUUUUAUCAGAUAUGGAAUCAGAGGAAGGAGAAGUCUCAGAUGAAGAGUUUAUUUUAGUAGAUGAUACAAAUACCUAUACCAAGAGGGAUGAUAUGGAUCAAAAAUUAAGGAAUGUCUUAUCUAAAGUAUUUGUAAAUGCAGCGUUAGAAUGUUAUGAUGAAAUGGAAAAAGCUUAUUAUUCAGCUAAUUUUUCGCUAAUAUGUUUUAAUUGUGGUUCACAUGAAUAUGUAGUACCUGUACCUGAAAAACAGUAUCCUUACUGUGAAAUCUGUACCAAUGAUCCAAAUGUAUCGAUUAAAAUGGGUAAAGGAUUAAAUUUUUCAAAUAUUCAACAUGUGUUUGGUUUAGAUAAUUUAAUUUGCUAG